GCACACACGCACACACACACGCACACACACACGCGUAUCCUGUCUCCCACGAAGGCAUCUGUUUCAGUCUGUCUCUCUGUGAGAUGCAGCACCAACAGAGGAGAGGGGGGGGGACCAACAGAGGGAGGGAGGACAAAAAGAAGAGGGAGGGAUAAGGAAAGAGAGGAGAGAGGAAGGAGACACAGAAGAGAGAGAAAGAGGAGAGAGAAGGACUGAAAUUUUUAAAAAAAGAGUGAAGAGUGCAGGCAAGACUGGACAAAACCUGAAGAGGAGAGGAUGCUGCAGCAGCUGAGCGUCUCUGCCUGACUUCUGAGGAGUUUGGGCUCGGACAUGAUGGAGAUGCAGCAUCCAAGUGUCUGAGCCUGAAUAUCUUCCAGUUUGUGUGUGUGAGUGUGUGUGUGUGUGUGUGUGUGUGAAACCAUGGCGAGUGCUCAGCCAGGGGUCCAUGCAUUGAAACUCCAGCCUCCCUCCGUCUCUCAAACACUGAGGAACGGAAGCAACUUCAUUAAAUGGGAUGAGGAUCUGUCUACGGUGACUCCAGUGAUUCUACACGUGGACCCACAUGGAUUUUACCUCUACUGGACCGACCAAAACAAGGAGACAGAGUUGUUGGACCUGACCCUCGUAAAAGAUGUCAGAACUGGGAGAAGCACCAAAACUCCCAAGGAGGCCAAGCUGCGCGAGCUGAUGGAAGUGGGAAACCUAGUCGGCCGGCUUGAGAAUCGCAUGGUUACCGUGGUUACGGCUUCAGACCUUGUAAACGUCAACCAGCUCAACUUUAUCGCCUCACAGGAGGAGGAAGCUAAGGUGUGGUGUGUGGAACUGUUUUCUCUGUCUUCCAACCUGCUGAGCCACAAUCUCAACAGAGACCAGAGUCUGUUAAAAGCGUACGUCAGGUUAACUCUGCAGCCGAACGCAGAGGGGAGAAUUCCUGUCAAGAACUUUGCUCGACUGUUUUCAUCAGACAGAAAGAGAGUAGAGACGGCCCUGGAGAACUGCAAACUGCCCUACGGACGGGGUGACAGUAUCAAACUGGAGGACUUCACACUUGAAGUAUACAGGAGCUUUUUGGACUUUCUGUGUCCCCGUCCUGAACUCAGCAACGUCUUUAAACUGCAAGGAUGGGAUGACAACGUGCUGUCACUCGAUCAGAUGACCGACUUCAUCAACAACAAGCAGAGAGACCCGAGGCUGAAUGAAAUCCUCUACCCGCCUCUCCGUCCCGCACAGACACACUCUCUGAUGGAGCGGUACCAACAUGACCAGGAACAGCUGAAGCAAGGCGUUAUCUCUCUCCAGGCCUUCUCCAGUUAUAUCUCCAGUGACGAGAAUGGAAUCAUCCCACCAGAAAAACUGGAUCAGUCUGAAGACAUGAGCUUUCCCUGCUCACUACAUCAUCAACAUCCAUCACAUAAUACUUGUGUUCCAGCGGGCCAGCUGGCGGGGAGCUCCUCGGUGGAGAUGUACAGGCAGGUUCUUCUGGCUGGAUGCCGCUGUGUGGAGUUAGAUGUGUGGAAAGGACGAACUGCUGAGGAGGAACCUGUCAUCACACACGGGUUCACCAUGACAUCGGAAAUCCCUUUUAAGGAAGUGAUUGAAGCUAUUGCAGAGUGCGCCUUCAAGACCUCACCUUUCCCCGUCAUACUCUCCUUUGAAAACCACGUGGACUCUUUGAAGCAGCAGGCAAAAAUGGCUGAAUAUUGUCAAUCUAUUUUUGGAGAAGCACUGUUGAUUGACCCUCUGGAAAAAUACCCUCUGGAGGCGGGUGUCCCCCUGCCCAGUCCUCAGGAGCUGAUGGGAAAAAUUCUCAUCAAGAACAAGAAAUCCCACAAACCCUCCAAUAACACCGACACCAAAAGACUGACGGACCAACCUGCCAAUCAGAGCAACGAACCAGUGUCUCCUAGCAACAACACAGGAGAGAUGGAGGCUGAGAGUGAGGAAGAUGAUGAUGAUGAAGAUGAUGAUGGUAAAAAGGGCUCAGCAGAGCGAGAGGCCGUGGCCACAGAGGAAAUGUCAACGCUGGUAAACUACGUCCAGCCAACCAAGUUCAACUCCUUCGAAGCCUCCAAGAAGGCGGCCCGCUGUUACCACAUGUCGUCUUUUGUGGAGACCAAAGCUUUGGAGCAUCUCACAAAGUCACCAGUGGAGUUUGUGGAAUAUAAUAAAUCCCAGUUGAGUCGUAUCUAUCCGAAAGGAACCAGAGUCGACUCGUCCAACUUCAUGCCUCAGCUCUUUUGGAACGCUGGCUGUCAACUGGUGGCUCUCAACUACCAAACUAUAGAUUUGUCCAUGCAGCUGAAUCUCUUCAUGUUCGAGUACAACGGUCGCAGUGGCUACAGACUGAAGCCUGAGUUCAUGAGACGGCCGGACAAACACUUUGACCCCUUCACAGAAAACACAGUGGAUGGUAUCGUAGCCAACACCCUCUCUGUGAAGGUGAUUUCAGGCCAGUUCCUGACAGAGCGGCGGGUGGGUGUGUACGUGGAGGUGGACAUGUUUGGACUUCCUGCAGACACCAGGAGGAAAGCUCUGAAGACCAAAACGUCCCAGAACAACAACGCCAUCAACCCGGUGUGGGACGAAGAGCCGAUUGUCUUCAAAAAGGUGAUUCUUCCAACUCUGGCCUCUCUGAGAAUCGCUGCUUUUGAGGAAGGAGGGAAGUUUAUUGGUCAUCGGAUUAUUCCAGUGUCUGCCAUAAGACCAGGUUAUCGUUACAUCAGCUUGAGGAAUGAGAAAAACCAGUCUCUGAUUCUACCGGCUGUGUUCGUCUACAUCGAGGUCAAAGACUACGUCCCAGACACCUUUGCAGAUGUGAUAGAGGCUUUGUCCAACCCUAUUCGAUAUGUCAACCUCCUGGAGCAGCGGUCCAAACAGCUGGCGGCUCUGACUCUGGAGGACGUGGAGGAGGACACACAGACGGAGGACGAGGCGGACAGCUGUACAGAACGUAAGCACGAUGUAAAAUCGGCUCCGCUGGAGAACGGUCUCAGCCCCGCCCCUGGCCCUGCAGGCCACGCCCCAAUGACGCCCAAAGCCUCUGCAGCCAAUCAGCAAGCAGCUGCCACAGAAGCAGCCAAACCAGCAGCAAAGAGUGAAGAUCUGGUUUUAAGUGUUUUGAUAGAUGUUCGAGUGUGCACCAUAGAGAGUCUUCAGCAGUCAAAGGUUUACCAGAAGGAGCAGAGGCGUCAGUUUAAAGAGCUGAAGGAGUUAGUGAGGAGGCACCAGAAGAAAACCUCCGAGCUCCUCCGAGAAUUCAACAACAAGCACAAGAAGGUGGCAAGACAGUGCGGCAAGAGCAGGGCUUCGUGUUCGGACGGUGAGAAAGACGAGCGCCUCCAGCAGCUGAGAGAUGAGCAAGAGCAGCAGCUUCUGGCUCUGAGGCAGGAACAGUACUACAGUCAGAAAUAUCUACAGAGAGAACAUAUUAAAACGCUGACGGAGCGACUGAGCAGUCUGGCUGAGGAGAGUCACAACAGCCAGAUGAAGAAACUCAAAGACAUCUGUGACAAGGAGAAAAAAGAGUUGAAGAGACAGAUGGAUCGAAGGAGAACAGAGAAGAUCAACCAAGCAAAGACCAAAGAGAAACAUCUGGCUGAAGAGGAGAAGAAUGAGAUCAAUAAGUCCUACGUCAAUGAAGUCGUCCAGAACAUAAAACGGCUUGAAGAGACGCAGACAAAGCGCCACGAUCAGCUGGUGGAACAGCACACUGAGCUCCUGCAGGAGAUACAAGACCUGAAACCAAAGCUGCAAGGGGCCGUGGAGGCAGAGUUUCAGGACAAGUUCCAGUGUUUGCCCGGAGAGAUUCAAGACUUCCUGCAGGACAGGAAGACGGAGGUUAGAGAACAAAGCAAGUCCCGGCCGUCGACCCCACACGAAACGCUGUCAGAGGAGGACUGAGGAAGAGGAGCAUGUGACCAGGAGCGAAGAAGAGGAGUCGAUGAAUCAGUGGAAGUAGAGGAAGUAAGAGGGAAGCCCUGAGGAAAGGGUAGUGAGAGGAGAUUUUAAGAUUAUGAAGACUGUUGUUUUCUUUUUAAUGGAAGAAUGCUUUAUUGGUUUAUUUUUUAAUUUCAUUCAAGCAUGCACUUCGUUGUCUAUCUAUCUAUCUAUCUAUCUAUCUAUCUCUAUCUAUCUAUCUAUCUAUCUAUCUAUCUGACAGUUUGUGCAGUGAACAUCCUAUUUUAUAUGCACAUGGAGAUAGGUUUUACAAUAUAACACAAUCACUUCAGCAGUGUUUUAGUCAAUUCCAAGCAGCUAUGGCCAUGACAACUUUUGCAAUGGUCAGAAUCAAAAACGGCAAUAAUAAUGCACUCAUAAACAGCAGCUGGAGGUUAGUUUACUUCGCUCAAGAGCACUUCGGUGAUAGUAAUGAGUGAGAUGUGCGUGCUCUUCUUCCACUUUUCCCCAUGCAGAUAUAUCUUGAAAAUUGAGAAAAUUAAGUGCAAUUAGAAAUUAUGUUUUAUCAUUAUAACAACCAAGGAUGAUGUGCACAGCAGCACAAGAUAAUACACACAUACCAUUGUGUAAUACUGAAUACUUUCCAGGAUAUGGUAAAAUACACACAGCGAUUUAAAUGGUAUUUUAUGUUACAUCAACCUCACUACAUCUGAUGUCAUGUAAUAUUUCAGGUGCAUAUUAUGUGGCCAUUUUUGGGGGGUGAUUGUUCAUCCACAUUACAUUUAAGAUUUUAACAGGGAUGAAGCCCAUAUUCGGAAUAUUAAAGGAAUAGUUUGGAUAUUUUGAAGUAAGGGUACUUAUCCUUAGGCAAGGCAAGGCAAGGCAAUUUUAUUCAUUCAUUUAUUCAUCAUUCAGACAUGAAGCAAUGCAAAGUGCUUUAUAGGGGCGAAAAAUACAUUACAAAUAUAACAUUAAAGCAACAUUAAAAUGACAAGUAAAAGACAAAUGAUGCAACCAAAUAAAUAGUUUGAGAUAAUACCAAUUUGAAAGAAAGGAUAUUCCAAAGACAAUGAAUACAAAGCAAGCAAAUAAAUAGUAAUUGUACAGAAUAUGACAGAUUACCUACAGCGGCAGCUAAAUGUUAGUUAGCAGUUAGUUUUAAAACAUCAAGGUCACACAUUAACACACACAGACUAACCAAAUGAAGCAGCGGGAACUGCUUUUGUCUAAAGAGUCUGGUGGCUUAGAAGAGAGCAGAGACAACGGCUUCAGUCCUUCCAGAAAAAUGCAGUUUUUUUGUGUUUGUUGUGAUCACAAAUCCUUGAUUAUGCGACACCUUUUUUUCAAAAAGGCGAUGGAACAUGCAGGACAUUUAUGUAAUUUUAUGCAAUGAAAUUGCGGGAACUUCAAAAACUACGGUUUGAUGAAAAAGAGACUCUGUUUAUCACGUCGCGUAAUUACGUCGCUUCAAACGUUCCCAUGGCAACAGGGCUCUUGUGUAAAGUAAACCAAAAACAUUUUUCAACUUUCUGCUAAGAUAUAAGUGACUUUUUCGCAAUGUAAAUGCAGGAGUUAUGAAAUCAUGCAAGCCCCGCAUUAUUUUGCGUGGAAAUCACCUGCAUAAAUAUGCAGACUUUGGCUGAUUAUGCAUUGAAUUAUGCAAUCGCAUAAUCAUGUUUUUCUGGAGGGACUGGAAAGGGCUGACAGCAAGGUAAAGUUUUAAAAAUAUCAUAAAUAUAGCGGACACUUAAACUGAUAUAGAUUAAUUUUAAGGUGUUUACUCUUGCAACCACACUUUAAAUAUAUCCAAACUAUCCCUUUAAUGAGUAUGUUGACACUUGAUUUUGAGAAAUCAUCUGAAUUAGUUUAAUUUAAUAAAGACAAAGGCUCAGUAAAUAACUAUCUGUACUUUGCAUUUUACAAGAUUUAUACCUAGACAACCACUGGAUCAUUUAUUGAGUCCUCAAAUACUUUGAUUAUGCACAUAUUUAUUUAUUUAUUUAAGUAUUUAUUCAUAUAUAUAUAUAUAUAUAUUUCAUGACAUUUUGGGAGUUGGGAUAAUUAAUCAUGAUAGCAAUUUCUAUUAGGUUAUUAAAAUUAUACAUCAUCGCAUGACUGUUAGCCUGAGAUAUUUUUUGAACCAAUGGACUUUUAUUUUAAAAACGUUUAAUGGAAGGAAGAGGAUUUGCAGAGAACAAUUUUGGGAUAAGUACGUUUUUUGUUUAUUUCUUUAAAAAAAUAAGUUUUCUGAGCAGUAGCAGCAGUUUCCGCCGACUGCUUCCCAAAUUAACAGUUGGAUGAUGUCCUGUUAGAGGUGGAGGAGCCUCGAAGUCUACCGCCGCUGCAUGAUUUAUUCAAUUCGAUGUGACAGUGGUUUUAGCAAAGUUAUCAUUCUGAUAUGCUAUUUCUUUAUUUAUUGUUAUUUUCAUUAUAAUUAGGGAUCAAGAACAUGAACCAUUUGUAAAAAUGUAAAAUGAAUGGAGCUUGUCUCUUUGUACAGUGAUCUUCCCUAAAAUAUUUGUUGGAAAACUUUCCAUGUUUUGCUUUUCCUCUGCGCUAAGGCUUCAGCUGUGUUCAACAGACUUUUUGCAGGGAACCAUUUCUUCAAAUAUAAGUCGCUGUUGAUUAAAGCUUUAAAAAUGUAAGUAAAAAUGUAUAUGAAUGAACAUCCGUUACAUUCAAGCCAUUGCAAAUGAGUCGUUACAAAGCUAACUAAGACUAUCAGCUCCACACAACUCUCUCUGUAUAGCUCAGUAUGGCUGUGUUCAGAAUACUGUGUCGUGCACAGUGUUUUAUUUUAAUCCUCCAUGUCCUCCUUGGCUACUAGCGACUGCGUGGAGGAGGGAUGGUACACGAUCACGGAAGGCUUGCAUAAUGUGGACGCGCCAACAGUUUUGUUGUCAUCGCUUAGAAUUCCUCAUGGGGGAGACAGAAACUAUGCACUAUAGCUUCAAGAUUAGACACUCUUUGCCACGGCCUCUACUAUAAAGGUAGCCUACGCUGCCGUUUUAAUGGAAAGGUUUUAGACAAUAAAGUAACCUCACAGUUCUGUCACCUCUUAAAAGGAUGUGUUUAAAACCUGUUUAACGUCUGAAAAUGGUUCUCCAACAAAAUGCCUUGUUGAACGCACCCUUGCUUUAGUGAUUAAUCUGAGCAUGCUUUACUGUCUUGGAUUUCUCCACCAGAUUAAUAGUUUCUUGGUUUUACUGAAUGCUAUUUUAAGAUCAAUUGAAAAUUAAAAAUAUUUGAUCUAAAA